AUGUCCUUCUGUUCCGUGCAAGAUGUUCAACAGAAACACAAAGAGUCUCUGCGAGCACAGACUGAAAAGCUGAGAGUGAACACCAUCCUGAUGAAGGGGAAGGUUAAGGUUUUCCAGCUGCUUGAUCGAUACGCUGAGCUCACAAUCAUCUCCACUGUUCGUGAUCGGACACUAGUGGAACAUGAGCUGCUGGCAAGAGGCCGAGACCAUGAAGAGUGGAGAGAUCAAUGUCUCCGGAGAGAACUGGAAAAAAUCAAGACUGAUCAAUUGUUCCACAGCAGUUUUUCCCGGAGUAAAUCCGGAUCUGGGAGUUCAGCAUCAGUGGCCGGAGUCGCGGGGAUCGGAAAAACAACAAUGGUGCAAAAGAUAGUUCAUGACUGGGCCACGGGGAAAAUAUACCAACACUUCCAGUUUGUCUUCAGUUUCAAAUUCCGGGAUUUAAACACGCUUAAUUGUUCAAUAAACUUGUCGAACCUGAUAGUAGUUUUCUACCCUUACUUGAGGAACGCACUGGAUUAUAUCUGGAAGAACCCAGAGAGAUUGUUGUUUAUAUUCGAUGGUCUGGAUGAAUUUAAGUGCAAGAUAGAUUUUGCUGACAAUUGCACAGAACUGCAGCACAAGUGCUCAGAUCCCGAUGUCCGUUGCAAGGUGUCUGACAUUGUAUACAGUUUAAUACAGCACAAGCUGCUCCCAGGGUGUUCAGUGCUAGUGACAACCCGCCCCACUGCGUUACAUUUAUUGAAAAAAGCAGAUAUUAGUGUCUGGGCAGAAAUCCUGGGAUUUGUUGGUGAGGAACGGAAGGAAUAUUUCACCAGGUAUUUUGAAGAUCAGACGGUGGCAGCAGCUGUUUUCAAACAUGUGAAGGAGAACGAGAUCCUGUACACCAUGAGCUACAACCCCUCCUACUGCUGGAUCCUUGUCCUGACACUGGGCCCCUUCUUCACACAAACACACCGGGACCCGCAGCGAGUUCCCAAGACCAUCACACAACUAUAUUGCUACUUUAUUUACAACAUCCUGAAAAACCACGGCUUGAUCAAAUACAAUCUGCAGCCUUCCCAGUUCCUGUCCGGGUUCCUGAUGGAACUUUUGGAGAGAGAGGAUUCAGUCCGGAGCGUGGUGUACACCUUCCCGCACCUCACCAUCCAAGAGUUUGUAGCAGCACUCGCACAAUUCCUGACUGUAGAUCCCAGGAAUAUCGUGAAACUCCUUUCUGAAGCCCACAGCACGACAGACGGGCGAUUUGAAGUAUUUCUCCGUUUUGUCGCUGGUCUCUCCUCCCCACGGUCAGCUCGGGUCCUGGAGGAGUUUUUGGGUCAAUUUCCUAAUGAAACAACCUGCCGAGUGAUUGACUGGGUGAAGGAGGAGAUUAAACGCCAGGCUGGAAACACAUGGAGUGAGUUCGGUAAACGGAGCCUCUUGAACACGCUGCACUACCUGUUUGAGUCUCAGAAUCCUGCACUGGCUCAGCAGACACUGGGAUCUGUAGAAACACUUUCAUUCUGUGGACUGGGAACAAUCAAACACCUCGAUCUGAAGGACUGCCGCAUUCAGUGUGAAGGUCUCCAGCGACUGGGACCAGCUCUGCACAAGUGUCAGGACUUGAGACUGGGAUUCAACGAUCUGGGAAAUUCCGGAGUGAAACUUGUGUCCGCGGCUCUGAGGAACCCGGACUGUAAAAUACAGGAACUCAAGCUGAACAGUGUCGGUCUCACAGAUUCUGGAGCAGAUGAUCUCGCCUCCGCUCUCAGUACAAACCAUACGGUGACGGAGCUUUGGCUCGGUGCUAACAGUCUGGGAGAUUCCGGAGUGAAACUGGUGUCUGCGGCUCUGAGAAACCCGGACUGUAAAAUACAGAGACUGUGGUUGAACAAUGUCGGUCUCACAGAUUCUGGAGCCGAGUAUCUCGCCUGCGCUCUCAGUACAAACCCCUCACUGACGGAGCUGGAACUGACAAACAACACCCUCACAGACCGAUCUGUCCCCGCUCUCCGCCGCCUCAUACUGACCCUCCCGAGACUGGAGCGGAUCAGGCUGGGAGCGAAUAAGAUCAGUUCGACUGGGAAGAAGGAACUGAGGUCGCUGCAGGAACCCAGACCCGGUCUGAGAGUGGUCAUGUGAACAUCUGGGGGUGCAAACGUCACCGCCCUGAGGAAAUGAAUAUCGUUGGCCGAUUCCUCGUACUUCCAUUUAACAGCUGCCCUCCCCUUUAAACCGCUGCCCUCCCCUU